AUGCAGCCGUCAACAGGUCUUUGUCACACCCGCCAGAAAAAUACAGAAAAAAUUUCAGGACAUGCCAGCAAUUCAGAAGAAGACAAAAUUGAAGCUGUGGAAGCCCACCUGAAUCAUCUCAGAAAAGCCAAACGAGAACGAGAAAUAUAUAAUUCUGCUAUUGAUGUUAGUAAACAUUUUCUAAAGGGUCACCCAAACAUCACACUUCUUUCACCCAGUCAUCCCUGUUCUUUGCAAGGGACUGUGCACUAUUCUUAUGAUUAUGCCCAACAAGUGCACUAUCCUAGCAAUCCUCAACAAGUGGGUUCCAUUUACUUUAAAACGGCAAGAAAAUGCGGUAUAUUCGGCAUGUGCUGCAAAGCUAUACCGCGUCAAAUGAAUUAUUUUAUUGAUGAGUCAGUUGCAACUGGAAAAGGUGCAAACACGACAAUCAGUUACAUACACGAUUUUCUUUAAAACCAUGGAGCUGGUGAAAUAGAUGUUCACUUUCAUGCGGACAACUGAGGUGGCCAGAACAAAAACAACUAUGUUCUCUGGUACUGGUGCUGGCGUUGCAUCCAUGGUCAGCAUGAAAACAUAACAUAUUCUUUUUUGGUGGCAGACCACACCAAAUUUAGCCCUGACUGGUGCUUUGGGCUGAUGAAGCAACAGAUUAGAAGAACAUUAGUGUCACAUUACAACUUCACGCCGAUUUAAGUGUGUAUUUCAGAAAUGGGCAUAACCGCUGGAUUUUGUACCAUGAAGGCUCAAUUUAUUCCUCCGGACUUUCCCUUCAAGAGUGCUCGUUUUGACUCGGUUCAAAGAAGGUGAGAUUUUAUGGCGGAAGACUCAGAAGCAAAUUCAAAGGAACUGAACAAUGGCUUAAUUAAGCUGCCCAGGGCCGCGAAGUUUGAAAGGUAUCCUUCUGUUCUAAGUGUGUCAAUAAAACUGCAGAGAAUUAUCGCACAUAUUGCAGUAGAAGUUUAUGGAUUUAAGUCUUUCGCAAAACUUCUUCCACUUGGACACGUAUUUUUCAAAAAGGAGAAUUUUGAGAGCUUCAAAAAGAGAUCUUGAACGAGAAAUUUCGACCACUGUGGACCGAGAUUGGAUUUUUUUUCUUGCCGAGGUUUCGAAGUACAAAGCAAGCCGCUGAAGCAUUUUUUUUCUCGCCUAUCGCUUAAUAAAAUCCGGCCGAGAGUUAUCCAUUCAUUCAAUCAUAACAGUUAUUCAUUUCUCCAGAGCAAUGAAACUAUACAAGCGUUUCUACAAAAUUAUUUCCAGGAAUUAUGAACUCCACAAGUUUUGAUCUGUCGAUUACAGCUCUUGUUUUGAUUUUAGAUAUUUCCCGUCUCACUCGACUUCUCCACGAAUCAAGUUGUCAUGCUAAUCGGUGAACUGACAAUACGCGGUUAUUUCGGGCCCUGUAGUCACGUAACUGAAACGAAAGGUUUUGUUCAACAAAAAAAAAACUGAAAGGCAAGCGAAAACGUCCAAAAAAGUGAAACUACACUCUAAUAAAACUGUGUCAUCCCGUUAAAUGCAUUCACCGCUUGCGUUGUUUACAUUUAAAAAAGAGUUGUUCGCUCUUGACUGCAGAGCUACUGAAAGAAUAAAACGUUCUAAUAAAUAACUUCCGCAGCAAUUCUUUAAAACGCCAAUUUAUUUUCAAGGCAAGAGAGUAUUUAAUAAAAAAAAACUAUUGGAUACCAGGUAUUUAUAAGCUUUAAUCAACUUCAAAUUUAUCAGGCUUGUUUCCUUUGUAAUACGGUGCGUGACCGAAAAUAUGUUAUGCAACCACAGUUGUCCGCCACCCUUAAAAGACUUGUAAGCGUUUCCACAGACUGCAGCAAAUUUAACAGGCAAGUCUGAGUAUUAUAAUGGAUAAAUUUAAUACUUAGGUAAUUUAGGUAACAAUGGGGAUUAAAAAGUCAAUCAAGCAACAAAAUUCGAAACAAAAGAGACAUAUCGCACCUAAAUCAAAGGAAUUCCACUCGUGGGAUCUUCGGAAGGUAAUCGACAAUGGCAAGAACAAUAGCCUGAAUAUAUGAAUACUUGAUAACCCCCAAAUUUGGGGUACACACUUAAAUCGGCGUGAAGUUGUAAUGAUCUCUGUUUGACAUCCUGCAGGCCAACGACAAAUCGACCCUCAGCGGAGUGAAUUGUGGCAAGCUGGUUAGGUUGCAUGAUGGAACUGUUCUGGUUAAAACAUAUGACUUGUCAGGCCAUCUUGCUCCUUAUUUCAAAAAGUUAACGGGAAUCAGCAAAUUUCACCACUUUCGCUUCAACAAAAGUUAUCCAGGGAAGGCUUUUUACAAGGAACAUGCAGAUGCAACAGAGGAAGAAUUUCAAAUGUUGAAAGACGCAAGCAUACUCCCUCCCUGUCUCCUUCCUCCACAAGUAUUACCUAGUGGACUUGAUGACAAGCGAAGGAGAUAUCUGCACAAAGAAAUUAGAGAGUUU